GUUUGUUAACAAGACAUUUGUGAAGUGGUUGAAAAACGAGUUUUAAGUACUCCAACCUAAGUGUAUGUAAACUUCCGACUUCAACUGUACCUGUCAGAUGCAAAACAUAAAGAUGCCAAUGCAAAUGUAGUGCCAACACUGCAGCUGCGGGCCACUGAGAGCCUGAUUUUAUUUUUGGGUCUGGAGAUCCAACAGCCCUGGCUCUCUACUAGGUCCACGGUGGUCUUCCCCAGAGGCGUCAUAGCCAUAGGGAGCAUGGGCACAAGGGCAAAUGCCCCCUCAGAUUUUAGCCGUUAAAGUUCAAAUUUGGGCACACAAAAAAAAAACUGUCCAACUCCACCCUUUUCUCAAUUUUCUAACAAAAAUCGGGGUGUGCCUUUGGGGGUUCGUUGACGUCUCAUUCUGGUCAUGCACAUCGCAACCGACCUAGCUAGUUUGUUAGCUAAGCUAGCCAGUAACUCCUCCAGUAUUUGUUGACGUCAUUUCACAGGAUUUGUUUUGACCGGAAGCUGUAGAGAUCAGUAAGAAAGGGCACUUAUUUGGCCAAAUAUCUUAUUCAUACAAUUUUGUUUUGUUUUUAAGCAUUAAAUGACCUGGUAUGAUGGUGCAUUGAUCAACAGUUUAAAGACGUUUUUUGUUGUUGCAUUUUUGCAAAUUCCGUUCAGGGUAGAAAAAAAUGUAAAGGAAUGCGUGUUAUUAUAUACUGAAUAUCUUAUUCAGUUCAUUUAGUUAUUGCUUGCUUUUCUAAAAUAUACCAAACCUGCCAGCAGACAUGCCAGCUAAGAUAGUUAGACAAACUAGCUAUUCUAAAUUGAUUUAUAGCCUGAAAUUGCUUUUUUGGAAGCUAGUUAUGAGGAUGGGAGAUUGGGAACCUAUCUGGGCUUGCUAGCUAACGUCAUACAGUUGCUAGGUGUCUAGUAAUAAAUAAAUGUUGUUUUAAAAAAAAAAAAAAAGAAGGAAAACGAGCACCUUCUUUCUGCAUACUCAUACUUUGUGCCCCCUCAGAUGUGUGAGUUGCAUGACGCCCCUGGUCCUCCCCAUCUGAGGAUGUGGCUUCCUGCUUCAAAAGUUUGGGAAGUUCAUUUUUUCUUCUUCUUUUUUUUUACCAGUCCAGAAAGCGCCGUUUCCCGUCCAUAUCUCUAAUAGUCCUCAAACUAUUUUACCAAAAAAAAAACAAGAAAGAAAGAAAGAAAGAAAACAUGACGUCUAAUUCCAACGUGUCCAACAUGCGUCGACUUGUUGAACAACUGAAACUCGAAGCCAGUUUGGAACGGAUUAAGGUGUCUCAGGCAGCUGCAGAGCUCCAGCAGUACUGCCAUCAGAAUGCGGCUAAAGAUGCUCUGCUGGUCGGGGUUCCGGCAGGCUCCAACCCCUUCAGAGAACCACGAUCCUGUAACCUGUUCUAAGGACAAGACACAAAAACGGCAGAGUCAUGCAGAGGAAAACUUCCGUUGGAAUCCAAAAAACGAUGAAAAAGUGAUCAGGUUGCAUUCAUUUGAGAGAUAUUUGUUUUCUCUUCUUUAAUAAUAUAUAUUAUGUGAAGUAAUAAUAGGUUUGUAUAUUGGAGCUCAUUUUUUACAUUUGUUUCUUGGAUGUUAGUAUUUUUAGUCCCAAAGUUCUUUUUUUUUUUAUUUUUUUUUUUUUUUUACAAGUUUGGUAACAUUUAAUAUAAACUUGAUCUUAUACAGGAGGGGUAAAAUAGGUCUAAUGCUGUAAUUACAACAUUGUUCUUUAGCUUUGUUUUGCAUUGCAUCAUAUCUUAAACUGAAGAGAUGUUUUAAGUCGGGGGGGGGGGGGGGGGGGACUCGAAACUGCCUCGGAAUCGUUAAACUCCUUCCUUUCCUGUUGUUGAGACAACGAUGUAUAAUGGAAACCGCUUAUAGUCAGUGACAGGAAGCUAGGUCUUCCUGUUUAAACCCACCACAGAUACUUAAUCAUUCACAUGGAAUUCCAGUUACUUCCAGUUAAUUCACAACAUACAAGAUGUUGUGCUGAGACGGGGACGGGGACGGGGGGGACGGGGACAGCCACGGACUGAACUCGAUCGGUUUCUUUUAGCGUCGUGGAAAAGCUGUAACUGAUACCAAGGAAAGCACUUUCCACCCAUAGACGUAUGCUUCCACCACCGCCCAGUGUCAGUAGAGCCCCUGACCACAGGAUGUUACUGUGACUUCCCUUUCCCUUUAACUUAGAUUGUGUCCCAAAUGGCACCUUAUUGCCCGUAGGGCUCUGGUCUAAAGUAGUGCACUAUAUAGGGAAUAGGGUUCCAUAGGGCCCUGGUCUAAAGUAGUGCACUAUAUAGGGAAUAGGGUUCCAUAGGGCUCUGGUCCAAAGUAGUGCACUACAUAGGGAAUAGGGAGCCAUUUGAGACAUAGUGUUAUUUUGCCAUAUCCUGUUUGAUACAAGAGCGGCAGUCGUGGGUCCAGGGACCAAGGUCUCUUUCGCAAGGAAACCUAACAUGCACACAAACAUUA